AUGUUUUCGGCCGUCUUUGUCGCAGUUGUGUUGCUCCUGAAUUUCGGUGAUGAGCAGGAGUCCAUUGACCUGAAAUUGCAACCGUCCCGCAAGUGGGCCCCGACCAAAAGCGACAUGUCGCUGCUCGAGAGAGACAUCACCGGCGAGCUCGACAGGCAAAUCGGCAAUCUCGUGGACGUGCAGGAGGCUCGACAGGCACUCAGAGCACAGUCGGCGGAGGCGUGGGCAACGCCAUCCUACGCCUCCAUGAUGAUGCAGCAGCAGCCUGGCUACAUGGCCGGCACUACACUCUAUCAGGCUGCAGUCGAGCAGUAUCCAGGCAAGCAGAAGAUUUUGUCUGUCUGUCUCACUGCCUGCCUCCCUGUCUGUCUGUCUCUCUGUCUCUCUGCGUCUCUGUCAGUCGUCUAUCGUUUGCCGCGUGCAGGCAAGAGGAGUAAGGGCCCAUUCGGCUUCAUCAACCCAAUCACAAACAAGCCUGACGUAUGCAUGAGCUCAGAAGAGACACAAACCACGAAGGGCAGACAGACAGACAGACAGGCACAAGUGCAUUGCACACAGAGCGAGAGGCUGCAUUUUUAGUUGUCAGAUGGGUUUCGGCUCACUGAGCUUCCGCCAACUGCAGCCAGCGCAGCGAAACGACGCCCGAUUCAUGCAGAUACGACAAGUAAGUGACACACACUCGUUGACACAACCAAACGCAUCUUUUGUGUCUGUGAGUCAGGCGGCUGGUGUGUUGGGGCGUCUGCUCUCUGCCGCUGCCGCAGCCUCAAACAACAAGAAGACCAAGGAGAGGGAGACAAAAAUGACAACAGGUGAACGGCCACAUGAUAACGAAUGGACGCGUUCGUCCACGGUAUGUGUCUCGGUGUGCGACAGCAACUGACGCAGCGGCUGGGA